AUUACAAUGUGGCGUUUGUCUUUAUUUGUUUUGUCACUUGUUGUGUGACGCCUCUGCUGCAGGGCGGGACUGUGAUAGGUAGCGCUCGAUGCAAGGCCUUCACAACGCAUGAGGGACGGAUCGCGGCCGCCUUUAACCUGGUGAAGAAAGGCAUUACCAACCUGUGUGUGUGCGGCGGAGACGGCAGCCUCACCGGAGCCAACAUCUUUCGCAAUGAGUGGAGUAGUCUGCUGGAUGAGCUCGUACAGAAAGGAAGGAUCACAGACACUCUGGCCAAGCAGCAUGCCCACCUGAACAUCGUGGGGCUUGUGGGCUCCAUCGACAAUGACUUCUGUGGUACGGACAUGACCAUCGGAGCUGACUCAGCGCUGCACCGCAUCAUGGAGAUCAUUGAUGCGAUCAUGACCACAGCACAAAGCCACCAGCGCACUUUUGUUCUGGAAGUCAUGGGGCGACACUGUGGAUAUCUGGCCUUGGUGUCAGCACUGGUUUCUGGGGCAGACUGGCUCCUCAUUCCAGAGGCUCCGCCUCUCGAGGGCUGGGAGGACCGGAUGUGCAACCGUCUAGAGGGAAGCCGCAUAAAGGGGUCAAGACUCAACAUUAUAAUCAUCGCAGAGGGAGCCAUCGACAUCAAUGGCAAGCCCAUCACUGCAACCUACAUAAAAGAUCUGGUGGUGGAGAGGCUGGGUUAUGAUACCAGACUGACGGUACUCGGCCAUGUUCAGCGAGGAGGAACUCCCUCAGCAUUCGACAGAAUACUGAGCUGUAAGUUGGGUGUGGAGGCAGUGGUCGCCCUGAUGGAGGCCUCUCCCGACACUCCACCGUGUGCCAUCGGCCUGGCGGGUAACCAUGCUGUUCGUCUGCCUCUAAUGGAGUGUGUGGAGAUGACUAAAUUGGUGCAGACUGCCAUGAACGAGAAGAGGUUUGAUGAGGCCAUCAAACUGCGUGGAGGGAGUUUUGAGAACAAUUGGAAAAUCUACAAGCUUCUUGCCUUCCAGAAGCCCAUCAAGUCUGAGAGCAAUUUCUCCCUGGCUGUUCUGAACGUGGGCGCUCCGGCUCCGGGGAUGAACGCGGCGGUGAGGUCUGCUGUGAGGUUGGCGCUCGCUCAAGGACAGAAGGUCUACGCUGUCCACGACGGCUUUCAAGGACUUGCCAAUGGACAGGUUGUUGAGAUGAAAUGGCACAGCGUGGCGGGAUGGACGGGCCAAGGGGGCUCACUGCUGGGGACGAAACGAACUCUUCCAGAAAAACACAUGGAGAAGAUUGUGGAAACCAUCACCAAGUUCAACAUCUCAGCUCUGCUGGUCGUUGGAGGGUUUGAGGGGUACGCAGGUGUGCUGCAGCUGUUUGAAGCCCGGAGUCGCUAUGAUGAGCUCUGCAUCCCCAUGUGUGUGAUCCCUGCUACCAUCAGCAACAACGUCCCCGGAACCGACUUCAGCCUGGGAGCAGACACGGCUGUCAAUGCUGCCAUGGAGGGUUGCGACAAGAUCAAGCAGUCCGCCUCUGGGACCAAGAGACGGGUGUUUGUGGUGGAGACAAUGGGGGGGUUCUGUGGAUAUCUGGCAACCUGCACUGGUAUCGCUGUGGGUGCUGACGCAGCCUACAUCUUUGAAGACCCCAUCAACAUUCACGACCUGAAGACCAAUGUGGAUCACUUGACUGAGAAAAUGAAGACGGACAUCCAGCGGGGUCUCGUACUGAGGAAUGAAAAAUGCCAUGAGAACUACACUACAGAUUUCAUCCAUCGGCUGUACUCGUCAGAGGGGAAGGGCAUCUUUGACUGCAGAGUCAAUGUGUUGGGGCACCUUCAGCAGGGAGGGGCACCGUCUCCCUUUGAUAGAAACUUUGGCACUAAGUUGGGUGUGAGGGCUAUCCAGUGGAUUUCAGAGAAACUGACUGAAAACUUCCGUCAAG